AUGGCCUUCAUCGGAGUCUACCGCGCCGUCUACGACUACGCGCCGCAGGGUGAGGGCGAGCUCGAGAUCAAGGAUGGCGACCUGCUGUUCGUCCUGGACAAGGACUCGGACGACGACUGGUGGAAGGCCAAGAAGAAGGCCGCCACCGACGACGAGGAGGAGCCCGAGGGCCUGAUACCGAACAACUACGUCGAAGAGGCCCAGCCCCUCGCCAAGGCAAAAGCCCUCUACGACUACACCCGCCAGACCGACGAGGAGCUGUCCUUCACCGAAGAUGCCGUCCUCGACGUCUACGACACCACCGAUCCCGACUGGUCCCUGGUUGGCCUCAAGGGCGAGUACGGCUUUGCCCCCGCAAACUACAUUGAGAUUACAGAGGCCCUCGAGGCCGAGGAGCAGGCCCCGCCGCCGCCCCAGCGCCCUCGCAUCCCCGAUCCAGAGCCCGAAGAGGAAGAGCCGGCUGCCCCGACCCCUCCGUCUCCCGCUGCUGCCACCGAGAGCCCCGCUGCUGCGCUCGCCGGCCUCAUCCAACAAAAGACCGGCCAAGCCCAGGCCGCAGCCCCUCAGCGCACGGUUGUCUCCCCUCCCCCGGCCAUUAGCCUGCCGCCGCGCCAGCCCCAAUACACCCCCGAGGAGUCGGACGAGGAGGCUCCUGCUCCCAGAUUACCCCAGAGACCCAUCUCCCAGGUCUCCUCGCAGCCGUCGCCCAUCCCGACCCCGACCUUCCCCAAUCGCGAAUCGUCAAGCCGUUCCCCGUCUGGCGGUGUCAUGCCCUCGCCGCCCUUUAACCGAGCAUCCCAGCACCGCGUCGAGUGGGACGACGAUGUGAUCAAGAAGGAUGUCAAGGUGCCGCAGGGCUACCACUUGUACAAUAUCCACGAAAUGGUCUCGCACAUGGGCAAGAGCAAGAAGAUGCCAAUGACUCUGGGCAUCAACAUCCCCAAGGGCUUGAUUAUGAUAGCCCCGGAGAAAUCAAAGGACGGUCCUCAGCGGGAGUGGACUGCCGAAAAGCUGACGCAUUAUUCAAUCGAGGGAAAGCAUGUUUUCAUGGACCUUGUCAGGCCGAGCAAGAGUGUAGACUUCCAUGCCGGCGCGAAAGACACGGCCACAGAGAUCGUCGCCAUGCUGGGAGAGCUGGCUGGCGCGGCCAGGGGCGAGGGUCUCCGUGAAGUCCUUGCUGCGGCCUCGGGUGGCAGCGGUCAAAAGAAGGGCAAUAUUCUUUAUGAGUUCAUGGCUCAGGGAGACGACGAAGUCACCGUCGCCGAGGGCGAUGAGGUUAUCGUCCUUGACGACCAAAAGAGCGAGGAGUGGUGGAUGGUACGGCGACUGAAGAACGGCAAGGAGGGUGUUGUGCCCGCCAGUUACGUCGAGAUCACCGGCUACGUCGCAUCUAGGGAAGACCCCGGAGUUCUCCAAGCCCGAUCGAUCGUGGAGCAGAACCGGCUGGACGAGGAGCGCAUGGCAAAGGAGAUGAUGAAGAAGAAGAGAGAAAGCGAGAUGCGCGCGGCAGAGGUAGGCCCUGGACUGUCUUUGCCACAGCGUUCUAGCAGUUUGUUGCAUGGAGAUAAUAACGUGAAACGCUCAACACAGAAAAGCAAGCGCGAUAGCUCGGCCUCCAGAUCAUCAACGGCUAAACCGAGUGAGUAUACCCCUAGUCACCAGAGGUCUCUUUCACAGGCCAGAUACCAACGUUAUAAACGUGCAGAGCCCGACCCCGGGAAGACUCGCACCUGGACCGACCGCACUGGGUCGUUCAAGGUCGAAGCCGAGUUUAUUGGCUUGAAGGAUGGCAAGAUCCACCUUCACAAGCUCAAUGGUGUCAAGAUUGCGGUGCCCGUCCCCAAGAUGUCUGUCGAAGACCUCGAGUACGUUGAAAGGGCCACUGGCGUGUCCUUGGACGAGGACAAGCCGCUGUCCGACAUCAAGAGGCGGAAUACGACAAGAGACGCCCGACAGAACCGGGCCUCGUCUGCCCCACGAGCGGGUAUCACGAUUGGUGUCCCGGAGUCGAGUUACGAUUGGUUCCAGUUCUUCCUUGACUGCGGUGUUAACCCACAGAUUUGCGAGCGCUAUGCACAGUCAUUCGCGAAGGACCAGAUGGGCGAAGAGAACCUGCCGGAUAUCUCGGAGAAGCUUCUCAGGACUUUGGGUCUGAAGGAAGGCGACAUUCUGCGGGUGAUGAGGUUUUUGGAUACCAAAUACGGCCGUACAGGUGAGAAUCAAAAGCGGAGCGUCAGUUUCGAUGAUGCCGCCGAGGAUGCCAAUGGUGGUCUUUUUGCAGGUCCGGGCGGAGCGCUCAAGAACAACACCCGGAAGGGCCGUCCGGCGCCGGCCGUGCAGACGAACGACGUUAUCGACCCCGAGGCGCUCAAGGCGAAGACGGCGGAUGGCGUAAAGGCAGACGGCACAGGUGCUUCGUCUGGAUCGGGUGCGGAGAAGACGCCCGGUGGAUUCGACGACAACGCAUGGGAAGUCAAGCCAUCGAAGCAGCCGGCGACGACUGCUGCAAGCGAACCCGCUGCCACGGCCACGGCCCCCGCCCCUGCUCCCCCCACAGGCGCCAUGGCUGAACUUUCACUGCUCACGCCUGCGCUGGAGCCCACGCCUGCACCGCCGCCAGCAACAACGGCUCCUGCUCCGGCCGCAGCUCCCGCGCCCGCCCAGGCUCCCCAGCCUACCGGCCCUCAGGGUGCAACUCCUGGUCUGUUCGAACAGGUUGCGAACCUACCUCAAGCACCACCCAGGGCACGACCGCAAGCACCGCAACAAACCGGCGCGAACGCGCUCAUUGCCCCUCCGCCGCAGCGGUCGUCGUCGGCGCCCCAGAAUUUCAACCAGUUUGGCCCUCCCCAGCCCAUCCAGCCGCAGAUGACGGGCAUGCCAGCCCCGCCCGGUCAGAGCCUUCAAGACCUCCAGAACCAGCAGCGUAUGCAGCAGUUCCAGCAGCAGCAGAUGGCUAUGCAGCACCAGCCUACUGGUUUCAUGCAGCCUCAGCAGACCGGCUUCCCUGGCCAAUAUGGCCAGUUUGGCCACCAGGGUCCUAUGAUGCCACAGCAGACAGGCUUCAUGCAGCCUCAGCCCACCGGCUUCCAGGGCCAAUUCGGCCAAGGCGCGCAGAUGGGCAACCAAUUCGGCUCGCCAUUCGCGGAUCCCAGCCCCCGCCCCAACUCUUUCGCGCCGGGCAUGCCGAUGCAGGCUCAACCCACCGGCUUCGGUCAACCCGGAGGCUUCCAGCCGCAACCCCUUCAGCCGCAGGCCACGGGCGUCAACGCCUUCCUCCCACCCGCACUCGCACCCCAGCGCACCGGCGCCCUCAACGGUUUUGGAAACAGCAACAACAACAGCUUCCAGGCCCCGCCCGUGCCGCCGAUCCCCCAGCAACAGACGGCCGCGCCUCUCGUCCCGCAGAAGACGGGCCCCCCGCCGCCGGUCAGGUUCGGCGUCAACCCGUCGGCGAAGAAGCUGGCGGCUCAGCCCACCGGCAGAAGAGCAAACUUGACCAAUGCUACGCCCGACAACCCCUUUGGUUUCUAA